GCCGUACCAUCUACAACAGUGGUCACUACAGUCCCAGUGUCCAGCCAGACCCAAGCUAGUGUGCAACAGCCUGUUUCAGUGGCUAUGCAGCCGCUGCAGCAAGCACCUGGGCCCAUGCAGCCGAUGCAGUGGAUGUCCAAGAUACCUCUAAUGAGUCCCAAGCCUUUCUCUGGAGAUAAGAAGAAAGAGGAAGACUUGGACACCUGGGUGAGGACUAUGCCUACUUAUGUGAGGCACAAACUCACAAGGCCAGAACAGAAAGUUGUGGUGGCUGCCUCCUUUUUAGAAGGAUCAGCAGUCCGCUGGUUGAAUGGUUUGGUGCAGCAACAGGGCUACGGUCAGGAUUUUGAUGCCUGGGCUCAGUCUCAGACAUUGGAACAGUUCGUACGUCCCGUCUACAACAGCUGGAAUGACCCGCAAGGGGCUCAAAAGGCCACCGAUGCUAUAAACAACCUUUGUUCCCGUAGGUUCAAGGAUGUUAGAGAGCUUACAGACACCGUAGAACGCCUCCUCGUGGUACCUGGUGUGCGUUUUUACCCGCAGGUUCUCCUAACGGACUACCUAAGGUGCCUACCUACAGAGGUAAGGACCAAGCUGGUUGACGAGGCCUAUAUCGACCAGCACACUUUUGCUUCUUUUAGUAAGAAAGCACUGGACAUAGAGGCAAAGCUAGGAUCUGCGCAUAAGGCAUCCAAUGAUGGUAGGAAGAGACUGCCCCAGGAGUGGAAGAAAAAUGGUCAGUUAACGUUCGUUGACCACGAUGGUCAAACGACGGAGAUUGACGACUACUCGGAUCUUGGGGAGUUCACAGAGCACGAUGGGGGUGGUGAGACUUCAGAUGGUGGAGUCGUGGCACCCAUCAAGGAAAAGGCUAGGGGGACCACUAAAACUGACCACGUCACCAAACUGUUUAUGGACAAUUGGGUUCGUGAUUUCGGUUUGCCUACGUCUAUCGUUAGUGAUAGGGAUGUCAGGUUCACAAGUGAACUGUGGCAGUCAACUGCUGAGCAAAUGGGCACAAAGCUCCAGAUGACGUCAGGGAAUCACCCUGAUUCCAAUGGCCAAGCAGAACAGAUGAACCGGGUAGUGCAGCACCUGCUUAGGCAUUAUAUUAAGCCAAGCCAGGAUGACUGGGACGAGAAGUUACGUCUCGUCGCCAGCUUGUACAACAAUGCUGUGCACAGCACCACCGGUCUGGUAGUUUCUCGGCCGGAUGGUGGCAAUGGCGAUGACGAUGCUCGAUCCCGAGACCCGUCUUUGGAAGGGGCUUGAGGCUCAAGUCUCGGAGUCGUGGAAGAACUAUGUGCGUGGCGCUAUUAUUUUUGUCGCCGACAUGCCACGGAGCAUGGCUGGACAAGUCCCGGUAGCUGCUGGUAGCUCAUGAGUGGGUCUUUCUCCACCUCUCUCACUUUCCCAGCUUCUCGUCCCCCUCCUCCUAUCUCUCUCGGCCUCGCUCUGUGUCUCUCCCUCUCUCCCUUUUCCUGCGAGACGGCAUGCCACCUUUACCGCGGUAGUCAUGGCGCCUGGACGGGUGCGAGGAACUCCGUCUGCAACCUGGAAUUCAUUGGUGGCAAUCCCUGAAGCACCGAAUUGUUUACCCACGUUUCUCCAAUUAGUGCAAGACACGCAGGGUAGACAGGCAUGCAUCUGAUCGUCACCCUCUACUUUCUUUAGCAGACUCAUCCCGCGGUUGGCUUGGGAAGACUCUGCAACCCGCUCAGAUACGACAUAGCGAAGAUCAUUUACGAAAG